UUGUAGAAUUAGCAUUAUUCAAAUUGAGAUGUCCAACAUUAUUCAUUGUGCCACAACCCAACGCUCAUUUUGGGACCCACAAAAUUUGAUACUCAAAUGAAACUUAUGAAAGUCCUAACGGUUGAAACCAAAACAGAAAGUUAAUUCCUCCAUUCCAACCUUACAUAUAUACAAUCCAACUCAACGAACGCCACCAUCUAUAAAAACCGAAUUUCUAAAAAACUAUACAAACCAAAGUUGCCGCGUCUUCUUUCUAACUAUAAAAAAGUUUGUGCGUCUUUCAUAUUUCAUACUUCAUAGUUCAUACCAAGUAGAAGAAGCAAAGCAAAAGAAAAUGGGAUGGAUUAGAAAUACCGUGGACUCUGUCAAAUCCAGAAGAUUCAGACCUCUCCCUCAGCUCGUCAAUCUUGUCUCAUUUCUUUCGUCAGUUAUCAUAUUAUCUGAAGGAUUAGCAUGUCUAGCCGGUGCUGAUUCUCCUGGAUCACUUCUUGGAGUCGCAAUCUCUGAAAGCAUGGAACCCGGCAUCAAGAGAGGUGACCUCAUGUUCUUGAAUAUUAGUAGGGAUCCCAUUCAUGCAGGAGAAAUCAUCCUCUUCAAUGUAGAUGGGCUUGAUGUUCCAAUUUCCCACCGAGUAAUCACGGUUCAUGGGCACCGAAAUACUGGAAAAGUUUAUAUCCUCACAAGAGGGGACAGUAAUCAUUUGGAUGACAGGAUAUUAUAUGCUCGAGGCCAACGUUGGUUGCUACGACACCAUGUCAUUGCGAGAGUUGUUGGGUUAUUGCCUUAUGUUGGUUGGAUCAAACUUAUCCUUACUGAAAACCCCAUAAUCAAGUACAUAGUUUUAGGCACAUUGGCAUUGCUGAUCGCUACCUCAAAGAAUUAGAGAUAUAAAUUUCCAGUUUCAAUACAUGGCUCUCACAAUACAGAUUUAACAGAGACCAAGAAGAAAGGAGAUAUAUAGGAGAUUAGGCUUGGUCAUACUCCGGAUAAAUUUUAUAGAUCUGAAUAUCUUUUCUGUUAUGUAGACUGACAGUCAAAACACAGACUUGGAUUAAAUAUACUUGUUAAGGUUGAUAUCAAUUGGAUGAGAUGUUUCUUUUGUUAAUCUCCUCAGUGCCUUGGACAACAUGAUCUUGCUGCUACAAACUUUCUUCUAUGGGUCAAUGCUAUGGCCUUGACUGAGAGCAUAUUAUGGAUGAAUAAAACAUUUGUCAUGGCUGUUAUUGCAUCAUACAAAUACCCUCUCUGCUUACUUGUGAUCAGCAAUUUUUAUUUCAACGAUGCAUUUCUUUUUUCAUAAAAAUUACAACU